UUGAACUGGUACGAGCAUCUUGGCAUGAACUAAGCAUCAGUAUUAGUGAAGUCUCCCUGACAGAUGAAGGGCAGUACACCUGCUCUCUAUUCACUAUGCCAGUCAAAACGUCCAGGGCUUUCCUAACGGUUCUGGGUGUCCCUGAAAAGCCACACAUUACUGGCUUUACAUCCCCCGUCAUGGAAGGAGAAAUAAUUCAACUGACCUGUAAAACAUCUGGUAGUAAACCAGCCGCUGAUAUUAGAUGGUUUAAAGGUGACCAAGAAAUUACAGGCGUACAGAAAUUACAAGAACGAGAUAGCAACGGGAAGACAUUCACAGUCAUUAGUGUUCUGGAUUUCCGAGGGGACCGCAAAGAUGAUGGCGCAGUUAUCAGGUGCAGAGUGGACCAUGAAUCCUUAAAUUCCACACCUCAGAUAGCGAUGCAGCUCUUAGAAAUUCACUAUACUCCCACUGUAAAGAUUCUGCCCUCCACCCCAGUACCGCAGGAAGGCCAGCAACUGAUACUGACGUGCGAGUCCAAAGGAAAACCUCUACCAGAACCAGUAUUAUGGACAAAGGAUGGUGGAGAUCUGCCAGACCCUGAAAGAAUGGUGGUAAAUGGGCGAGAAUUAACAAUAACUUUCUUGAACAAAACCGACAAUGGAACAUAUCGAUGUGAAGCAGUCAACUCCAUUGGUAAAAACAGUGCAGAAUAUAUCUUGAUAAUAAAUGAUAUCCCCAAAACUUUAUUUACAACCUCAAUCAUCCCCCUUUACACCACUGCAACAGUCACAACCUCUGUUACCAUUACAACCCGCUCAGCCUCAUCCGCCUCCAGCAUCAAAGAUCCAAAUGCUUAUCCUGGUCAAGCAGCAACUGACCAUGCUCUUAUAGGAGGGAUUGUAGCCGUAGUCGUAUUUGUCACAUUAUGUUCUAUUAUUCUGCUUGGACGAUACUUGGCUAGACAUAAAGGGACAUAUUUAACAAAUGAAGCGAAAGGAGCAGAGGAUGCCCCAGACGCAGACACAGCCAUUAUCAAUGCAGAAGGCAGCCAAGUCAACGCAGAGGAAAAGAAGGAAUAUUUCAUUUAAAUGCAAACCUGGUUACUUCGAGUUUUACUUAUCAGGCUGACUGCUGGAAAAAAACUGGCUAGCAUUUCAUUCCCCACCAUCUCCCGCUCCAUUUUAUUAACUCCUACUAUCAAUAGCCAGCUUAUACCAACAAUCAGCUGUUGACAGCAUCAUAAUUUAAUUGCAUUUCAUAAUGCAGGACUUUUCUUACUGCUGAAAAAUAUAUUGAAAAAAAAAAUGUCCAUUGCUCUGUUAAAAUUCAGUCAUACAGUGCUUGAAUAUACAGCCUUAACAUUUUUUCUUUUUUUUGUCACUUCUUCUCAACUUACUUUGUUUUAAAUGUUUACACAAUGAACUUCCAGGCUGACCUUUUCUAUAUCUCUCCAGCACACAUACAUGAACACAGGAAUAUGUAUAUUAGUCCAUGUUAUUGUACCUAUCGGUAGGCUUUAGAAUUGAUCGCAUUCUGUAGCGACCUACUUAUAGCGGUCCAUUAAUUUCAUGUAGGAUUUUGAGCAACAGCACCCCACGUGGCUGCAUGUGGUAUUACAAAAAAAAAAUAAUUGCAAUAAUCUGGACUACAUUCAUUGAUGCAUGUAUACAGUAUGGAGUGCGUCUUCCCAUUCAUUUUAUUUUGGUACAGACUUGAUUAGAUUUAAUUCCAUAAUAUUAAGUUAUACUUUUAAAAACAGUAUGUUCUAAAUUCCAUUUUCACUGGAGGGAUUCUUAAAGGAUUCUGUAUUGCAAAGAAACAAAAACAACAACAAAAAACAAAAUCAAAACACCAGAACAUAAUAUAAUGCUACUGAUUCUAAAUAUAUGCUUUAACAUUAUAACAGUCAUACAUGGCAUUCCCUACUGUCGUUAAUUUAGGCAUGGAAUGCAAAUCACAUAAACUGUGCUAAAUCCCAAUUUAUUAAAAUGGUACUUCCACAUAUUGUUAGUCAAUAUUAUUAUAAUUUUUUUACCCCAUUAUUUUUUUUCUUGAUGAUCGCGAAAUGUUUAUUUAAUGUUACAGUCCUAUUCAUAUUUAUUGUUUGUUUUUGUGUGGACUCUACAGUUUUUUUUUCUUUACGAAGAAAGGAGUCAUUGGAUAAUCUGAGCAUUUCAGUAUAUUGUAAAUAGUACAUGUAUUAAAUCCAGUUGAACAUUAUUUGAUACAUACAGUAUUUAACUUUUUGGAUGUAAGCAAGUCACAAGUACCCAUUUUCUAAUGCUCCCAAAACCCCUCUUAGAUAUGAAACUAAACCAGUAUUAUGUGUAGAUAACGUGUUUGAAUUUCUGUCUGUAUGUCCUAGCACUGUUCAAAUUUUCUAGAUCAUCUUAAUUUUUAUCUGUUCAACAAUGGAAGCACAAUAUUAAAGGAAAGAUACUUUAAUCUA